CCGCCGUCCGGCCUUCUCCUCCGCAAGGCGCCAGUCCGCCUCUGAGAUCCGGCCUCCGGCCUCCAGUGCCCCCUGCUGGCCGUCUCCUCCAGCUCCAACUCCAAGCCUCCAACCUUCAAGAUGAAGAAGAAGGAUGUUAGCUUGUUUGAAUUGUGGGACAAAUCUUCAAAGGCAAGGAAAAUAAGUUCUACAUCCACGCCAACUGCUCUUUCCGUUGAGGUUGAGAGCAACCUACAGCUAGCACUAGUGCAUACACAUGACGAAGCUCCGCAACCGGAGAGGGAGAGAGGCUCCCCGUCCCCAAUUGUAGAAGAUGAUGAAGCGGUUGAUGGAGAUGAUGAACCAAGUCCCCAUUUCGAAGCAGAUUUGGCGGCUCUGGAACAUGACCCUGGCAAGCGAAUUCCCAUAUCUUCAUAUCAUGUCAAUGACCGGGAUGUAGUUAGAAGGAGAUACAUUGACUUGGGAGCUUGUCAACCAAAGGGUCACAAAUUUGAGAUCACGGAUUUUAGUGGACAUCUCCGUCACUUUUGUCCUUCUUGGUUUAAGGAUCACAAGUGGCUUGAGUAUAGUGUGGACAAAGAGGCCGCUUUCUGCUUUGUUUGCUAUUUGUUCAAGGAUAAAACAAAAAGCCCCGGUGGAGAUUCAUUUGUUAAGGGUGGGUUUAGAAACUGGAACAUGAAAGCAAGAUUGACAAGGCAUGUUGGUGAUGUAAGUAGUGCUCACGCUGAAGCUCAAGAGAAGUAUGAUAUGUUCACUACACCACAAACAUCAAUUCGGGAGUCUAUUGCUUCAAACACCUCACAAUACAAGGCUUUGUAUAAACAACGUUUGACAUGGACACUCAAGUGUGUGAGAUUUUUGUUGCGCCAAGGCUUGGCAUUUAGAGGACAUGAUGAAAGUGAAGACUCGCUAAAUAAAGGAAAUUUCCUUGAGCUUCUAAAUUGGCUAGCAGGAAAUUUUGAAGAGGUUGAUAGGGUUGUUCUCAAGAAUGCUCCACAGAACUGCAAGAUGACUCACCAUGAUAUACAGCAUGAGGUGAUAAAAUGUUGUGCACAAGAGACUACUAAACUAGUCAUUGAAGAACUUGAUGGUGGUCAUUUUGCAAUACUUGCAGAUGAGUCUAGUGAUGUGUAUCAGAAUGAACAAUUGGCUGUUUGCUUGCGUUUUGUUGAUAAGAAAGGAAGGGCAGUUGUAAGAUUUCUUGGUCUUGCUCAUGUUGAAGAUACUACCUCUUUGACACUAAAAGCUGCAAUUCAAAAAAUGCUUACGGACCACAAUUUGACCUUUGCGAUGGUUCGUGAGCAAGGAUAUGAUGGAGCUAGUAACAUGAGAGGUAAUGUUAGUGGCCUGAAAAAACUGAUUAUGGAUGAGUCCCCUUCUGCCUACUAUGUUCAUUGUACUUGGUUCUUUCAGCAGCUUGCACACUUGUUAAAUGCUCUUGGCAUGUCUUGUAAAAAGAUGAGAAUGCUUCGGAUAGCUUAGGCUGAAGAACUCAUUGAUGCAUUGGAAUUGGAAGAAGUAGAAACAGGGAGUGGGCUAAAUCAGGAAAUGGGUUUGGGAAGGCCAUGUGAUACACGUUGGGGCUCUCACUUCAAAACUAUGAACCAUGUCAUCUCUAUGUAUGGUGCAUUACGACGAGUCCUUCACAAGAUUGGAGACGAGUACCAUGGUGCGGAGGCACAAGCGGCUCUAUCCAUAGAGACAAUAUUUCGAUCAUUUGAGUUUGUUUUCAUGGCACACUUGAUGCAAGAAAUAUUUAGAUACACAGAUGAGUUGUGUAGAGCUUUGCAAAAGCAAGACGAAGAUAUUGUUCAUGCUAUUGAGCUUGUUGCUGACACAAAGUAUUACUUGGAGGCUUUGAGGACCGAUGCUGGAUGGGAUGAUUUUCUCACAAAGGUCACAUCUUUUUGUACAAAGCAUAAGAUCAAAGUUGUUGAUAUGGAGGGUCCUUACUUUCCCGUUGGUCGGCCUAGAAGGGGUUUAUGUAAUGGUCCGACCAAUUACCACCGCUUCAAGGUUGAUAUGUUUGUGGGCGUCAUUGAUAGGCAAAUCAGUGAGCUGAAUGGCAGAUUUGAUGAGGUAAACACGGAGCUACUUUCUUGCAUGGCAGCAUUUUGUCCACUUCAUCUAUUUGUUGCUUAUGACCAAGAGAAGUUAGUUAGGCUUGCUACAAAGUUUUAUGCUUCUGAUUUUACAAGGGAUGAACUGGCAAGACUUCCAUGGCAACUAAACAUGUAUGUUACUAAUGUGCGUAGAGAUGAAAAGUUUCAAAACCUGAAAAAUCCGUGUCAGCUUUCAGUUAUGCUUGUUGAGACAAACAAGCAUGAACAAUAUCAUAUUGUUUACAAGCUUCUUAAGUUGGUAUUGAUUCUGCCAGUAGCUACUGCUAGUGUUGAAAGGGUAUUCUCUUCAAUGAACUAUGUGAAGAAUAAGCUAAGGAACAAAAUGGGUGAUGAUUAUUUGAACAAUUGUUUGGUUACAUUCGUUGAGAGAGAAUUUUUUAAUCAAGUGAAGGAUGAAGAUGUCAUCAAUCUGUUCCAAAAAGGCGACCGCAGAGUUAUACUGUAAGAAGGAUAUUAUCACUUUAUCAAUCAAAAGGUUAUCUACAGAGCCACUACUUGGAUCCGUAGGUUGUUACUCACUCAUGCGGACUUCAGGGAACUUUUGGCUACUGGAUGCAA